CUUUGACAAUACCUUUUUUAGGUUAUUUGUAAUUUAUUCAAUAACAAAUAGUUUUUUCUAUAAUAAAUAUUCAAUAUAACAUUACUAGUAAGUUCUAUUUUUCUGACGAAUACAAGACAUGUUGUCUGAGCUCUCUACCGUACACGCAGGAUUCCCGAAGUGACGUGAAUCUCGACCAACCACAAUGAAGCAGUAGUAACAGUCAGCCAAUCGUAGUUGCUGUGGUGGUCUGGGUUUACCAUUUCGCAUCUGCUGAUAUUACUGCAAUACAUUCAUCGCCAUGGCCUCCGGAGCCCUGUUCCCCAGCCUGGUGUCCGGCUCCCGUGGAUCCUCCAGCAAGUACCUGGUCGAGUUCCGGGCCGGUAAAAUGACCAUGAAGGGCAGCACAGUGACCCCCGAUAAGAGGAAGGGCCAGGUCUACAUCCAGCAGACUGAUGACUCCCUGAUCCAUUUCUGCUGGAAGGACCGGACAACCGGGAACGUGGAUGAUGACCUCAUCAUCUUCCCUGAUGACUGUGAGUUCAAGCGGGUGAGCCAGUGCACUACAGGAAGGGUGUAUGUGUUGAAGUUCAAAGCUGGAUCCAAGAGACUGUUCUUCUGGAUUCAGGAGCCCAAGUCUGAUAAAGACGAGGAGCACUGUCGCAAGGUGAACGAGUACCUGAACAACCCCCCGAUGCCCGGGGCCCUGGGCAGCGGCGGCAGCGGAGGACACGACCUGUCUGCCCUCGGAGGGGAAGGCGGCCUGCAGAGCCUCCUGGGGAACAUGAGCCACAACCAGCUGAUGCAGCUGAUCGGACCCACCGGACUGGGGGGCCUCGGUGGUCUUGGUGCGCUGGCCGGACCGGGCCUGGCCAGCCUCUUGGGCAGCAGUGCUUCCGCAGCAAGCAACUCCUCCACAAGCCCCUCCUCCCUGGUCACCCCGGCCUCCACCGCAGCCGCCGCCGCCGCCGCUGCCACCCGGCUGGGCUCGGCCCAGGCGCCCAGCACCCCCGUCACCCCGUCGGCCACCUCGGCCGCCUCCCCCACCGACAGCAGCCCCACCACCCCGGUGGGCCCCGCCCUGGCGGCGGCGGGGGCGGCCAGCCCCACGCAGCCCAUCCAGCUCAGCGACCUGCAGAGCAUCCUGGCCACCAUGAACGUACCGGCUGGGGGUCAAGGGGUGGAUCUGGCCAGCGUCCUGACACCCGAGAUCAUGGCUCCCAUCCUGGCCAACGCGGAGGUGCAGCAGAGGCUGACACCCUACCUGCCAUCUGGGGAGUCUCUCCCGCAGAGCAGCGAGGAGCUCAGCCACACCAUCAGCUCACCACAGUUUCAGCAGGCUAUGAGCAUGUUCAGCAGCGCCCUGGCGUCGGGGCAGCUGGGGCCUCUCAUGAACCAGUUUGGCCUGCCUGCCGAGGCUGUUGAUGCUGCCAACAAAGGAGAUGUGGAGGCUUUUGCCAAAGCCAUGGAGACUGAGAUCAAGUCGACCGAAGACGGAGACGCCAAAGACAAGAAGGAUGACGAUGAAGACAUGAGCCUAGACUAGAAGUGUUUUAUUGCUUGAUUUAUUUAUUUAUUUAUUUAUGCUUCUUUUACCACUUCAUCAUUAGGAUUAAAAGACGAUGGUAAAUAUUUAUUUAAAAGUGUGGCUGAACAAAGAACAUAUACUGUGGCAACCCCGAUCGUCGGCGGCUGAGGUUUCCAGAGGAGAUGGAUCAAACAAGGCGUGGGUUAACGUUCGUUUAUUUGGUUAACCACUUAUGCAAGAAAGGAACAAAGGAGUGAACUCAGGUUCUUCCUGGUCGGGGAAUAAAGGACGCCGCGCCGGGUCUGGUCCUGCUGCGGGGGGCGGGGUCUCGAUCCCCUGCGUCUUCGGCGGCUUAGUCCUGGGGGGAAGCGUAUUGGCAUUAGCGGGGGUUCGGGUAAUCUCCACCCACUGCGUCUUUCCCGUUCGGUCGCGUUUCCCUGACUGGUGUCCACGCGGCCGUUAAGUCCCCUCCGCUGCCUUGCUCCGCCGGGUGCUCCGCAUCUCCGUGAUUGCGCGGGUGCGCUCGAUGCUCCCUCCCGCAUCGCUGCGCCGAGCGGCACAUAUCUCCCCCUGACUACCUGCCCGCGGAGAGGGCGCUGGCGGGGCUCGAACUCCUCCGUGGGAUCGGGGUUGCCACACACCCCCCCCCUCAGCUGCAAGUCGGGGUCUGCCCGGCAUAGGCCUAGGCAGGCGUCCCUCCGGGACAGUGCGUCUGCGUUGGCGUGUGCGCGUCCGGGCCGGUGGACCACCUGGAAGUGGUAGUCCUGCAGGGCCAGGAACCAGCGCGUCACCCGGGCGUUGGUGUCCUUGGCCGUGGCCAUCCACUUCAGGGGGGCGUGGUCUGUGACCAGGGUGAAGGUGCGUCCGAGGAGGUAAUAGCGGAGCUUCUCCACGGCCCACUUUAUAGCCAGCGCCUCCUUCUCUACGGUCGAGUAGGCUUUCUCGCUGGUCAGGAGUUUCCGGCUGAUGUAGGUCACCGGGUGCUCCUCGCCCGACCGGACCUGGGAUAAGACCGCUCCCAGGCCCACCUCGGACGCGUCGGUGUGGACGACGAAGGGGAGGUUGAAGUCCGGGGUGAUCAGGAGGGGCUCGGUGCAGAGGGCCCGUCGGAGGGACAAGAACGCCUCGUCGACCUCCUCUGUCCACUCGACCCGGUCAGGCAGAGCCCUCCGCGUCAACUCGUGGAGGGGGCUGGCCAGGGUCGCGAACGCCGGGAUGAAGCGCUGGUAAUAUCCCACCAGUCCCAGGAACGACUUCACCUGCUUCUUCGUCCUCGGCCGGGGCCAGGUCUGGAUGGUCUGCACCUUCUCCUCUUGCGGUUUGACGCUGCCCCUCCCCACCCGGUAGCCCAGGUAGGACGCCUCUUCGAGGCCCAGGUGGCACUUUUUAGGGUUGGCCGUGAGGCCGGCGGCUCGGAGCGCUCCCAGGACGGCACGGAGGUGAUGUAGGUGCCGGUCCCAGGUGCUGCUGUGGAUGACGAUGUCGUCUAUGUAGGCGGCGGCAUAUUCCCUGUGGGCCCGUAGGACCCGGUCCAUCAUGCGCUGGAAGGUCGCGGGCGCCCCGUGCACCCCGAACGGGAGGACCGUGUACUGGUACAGCCCGUCGGGGGUGGCAAAUGCUGUCUUCUCCCGGGCCCGCUGAGUGAGAGGGACCUGCCAGUACCCCUUCGUCAGGUCCAGGGUGGUAAUGAACCGGGCCGGCCCCAGCCGCUCUAUUAGCUCGUCUAUGCGGGGCAUGGGGUAGGCGUCGAAGGCCGACACUUCAUUCAGCUUCCGGAAGUCAUUGCAGAAGCGGUACGACCCGUCCGGUUUGGGGACCAGGACCACCGGGCUGGACCAGGCGCUGUGGGACUCCUCGAUGAUCCCCAUCUGCAGCAUGCUGGUGACUUCCGCUCGGAUGGCGGCCCGCCGGGCCUCCGGAAUGCGGUAGGGCCGGAGUCGGACUCUGACUCCCGGUUCCGUCUUGAUGUCGUGGCUGACGGUCGCGGUCCUUCCGGGCCGCUCCGAGAAGACGUCGAGGUGCUGGAGGACCACUUCCUUCAGGUCCUGGGACUGGCUGGGGCUCAGCUGGUCCCCCACUGGUACCUCGGGCAGGGGUAGUUGGGCGGAUAGGGACAGGAGGGCUGGAUCCCGCAGGGCUGUUGGUGGGUGCCACUGCUUCAGCAGGUUGAUGUGGUAGACCUGGAUGGUCUUGCGCCUCCCUGGUUGCCGCACCCGGUAGUUGACUUCGCCGACGCGGUCGAUGACGUCGUAGGGGCCUUGCCAUUUGGCCAGGAACUUACACUCAGCAGUCGGGACGAGGACCAGCACCUGGUCCCCCGGGUUGAAGGUGCGGAGCUUGGCCCCUCGGUUGUACACCCGGGCUUGGGCUUGCUGGGCCCGACCGAGGUGUUCCCGGACCACGGGCCAGAUCUGCGCCAUCCGGCCGCGCAUCUGCUCCACAUGCUCGACAACGGUGCGGUGGGGUGAUGGUUGGCUCUCCCAGGCGUCCCGGGCGAUGUCGAGCAGCCCUCUUGGUCGCCGGCCGUAGAGGAGCUCGAACGGCGAGAAUCCCGUGGAGGCCUGGGGCACCUCUCGAACGGCGAAUAGGACAUGCGGAAGCAGCUGGUCCCAAUUCUUCCCAUCGGCUUCCAUGACCUUUUUGAGCAUGGACUUCAGGGUUUUGUUAAACCUCUCCACCAACCCAUCGGUUUGGGGAUGGUAGACGGAGGUCCGGAGGUGGCGGAUCUGUAACAGACUGGUGAGGCCUUUCAACACCCGGGACAUAAAACAGGACCCCUGGUCCGUCAGGAUCUCCCGGACGAUUCCCACCCGGCUGAAUAAGACCAUUAGCUCCCUCGCCACGGCCUUGGCGGUGGCGGCCCGUAGAGGAACUGCCUCUGGGUACCGUGUGGCGUAAUCCACCAUGACUAGGACAUAGCGGUGACCUCGACUAGUCUUGGGGAGGGGACCUACGAUGUCUAGCCCCAGCCGGUCGAACGGGACCUCUAUCAGCGGCAUCGGUAUGAGGGGGUUCCGGACCGUGGGCCUCGGGGCGGUGUGUUGGCACUCGGGGCACGCCCGGCAGUAGUCCUCUACGUUCCGUUUUACCCCCGGCCAGAAAAAUCGGUCCAGGAUUCUGUCCCUCGUCUUGUCCACCCCCAGGUGAGCCCCCAAUAGGUGUGUAUGGGCCAUGUAGAGGACCUUGCUGACGUACGGCCUUGGAACGAGCAACUGUUCUACCUCCUUACCCCCUCUCUGUACCACCCGGUAUAGUAACCCCCCCCUUGUGCUGAAGUGUGGGUACCGCCUGUCACUCACCGAGUCCCGCGAGAGGCCCUCGUGGACCUGGACGUGUCCCCAGGCGUGGCGGAGGGCGUCGUCCUCCAGCUGGGCGGUGGCGAACUGUCCUCCCUUGCCGGGUCCUCCCCCGUCGGCCAGGGGGUAGUCGGUGAAGUCUAUGAGGGGCGGAGACUCCUCCUCGUCUGGCGGAGGGGCCUGCUCGGAGCCCGUCAACGUGUCCGGGGUCCCCGGGGGAAGGGACACCGUGGACGAGGCGGGGGCCUGUCGUGCCGCCUCUCUCGGGGCCCUGUCGGGGGACUCGUUCGAGUCGGACCGGGAAGGCGUCGGGUGGGAGGCCAUAUAGGCGGGCCGGCUACGCAGCCGGCGGGGUCGGGUCCGAGGGGGUCGGCGUCGGGGUGCCUGAAGCUCGGCCCCUAGCAGUUGGGCGAAGAUCGGGCAGUCCCGCCCGAUUAAGAGGGGCAUCGGGAGGUUUGGGACCAGCCCGGCCCGAACCGUGAAGGUGCCCUUCGGGGUCCGGACUGUGAUCUGCCUCGUGCUGUAGGACUCGGUCUGCCCGUGGAUACAGCCGACGUCGAUCCUCCCCCCGGGGGCCCCGUCCGCCAGGUCGGGUCGGACCAGCGUAACCACGCUCCCGGAGUCGAGCAGGGCGUGGGUGUCGUGCCUCCCCACGCGGACCGGUAGGCUGGGGGUGUCGGUCCUCUCGUGGGACCAGCAGGUGGUGCGGAGGCAGGCCCCCCCUCUCCUGUCGGACGGACUGGCCGUGGGCAUGGAUACGUCUCCGGCUCCGGGACAAUGGCGAGCCAGGUGGCCCGUUUGGCCGCACGUGUAGCACCUCCACUCCUCUCUCUGGGUCGGAGGGGCGGGCCCUCGGCGGUCCGCGAUGGUCUGGUUCGGGUAGGCGGGUGCGCGGGUGGGCGGUGCCUGGGUGCGCUGGCUCUCCGGCGUCCGUCCGCGCCGCUCGGUCCGCGUCUCCCCCGCCCCCCCCGGGGCCGGGGUCGCCCCGCCGCACAGCCGCUGGGUGACCUGGUGGUUCUCCAGUAACUCCACGAGGUCGUUCACCGUCCUGGGUUGGUUUCCGGAGGCCCAGCGUUUGGCCCCGGUGGGCAGGGCUCGGAUGCAGCGGUCGAUCACCAGCCGGUCCAGGUGCGGGGGACCCUCCCCCUCGACGAGCCACCGCUCCGCCAAGCGGACGAGUUGUGAUACCUGGCUCCUCACCGAGCCCAGGGGGUCGUACACCCAGUCGUGGAACCGCUGCGCCUGGGCUGGGAGGCUGUGGCCGUAGUGGGCGAGGAUGGCCCGCUUGAGCGUGGGGUAGUGCGCCGCCUGGGCCGUGCUGAGGUCGCGGUAGGCGCGUUGAGCGUCCCCGGACAGGAAAGGCGCCAGUAUGUAGCCCCACUGGUCCGCUGGCCACCUCUCACGGGCCGCGGUCCGCUCAAAAAUCUCAAGGUAGGCCUCAACGUCAUCGUCCGGUCCCAGUUUGGUGAGCCGCUUCGUGGGGGCGGCGUGAGACGGCUCCCGUGCGAGCUGCUCAGCCAUCCGGGCCAUGCAUCGCCGCAGCACCUCGAUCUCCUCCUCCCGCGUUGCGGCCGGGACUCCGGGCUGACUCAUGGUCCUCUAGGGUCUGCCGUAGGAUCGCGUUGCCCGCAUUCUCCACCACUGUGGCAACCCCGAUCGUCGGCGGCUGAGGUUUCCAGAGGAGAUGGAUCAAACAAGGCGUGGGUUAACGUUCGUUUAUUUGGUUAACCACUUAUGCAAGAAAGGAACAAAGGAGUGAACUCAGGUUCUUCCUGGUCGGGGAAUAAAGGACGCCGCGCCGGGUCUGGUCCUGCUGCGGGGGGCGGGGUCUCGAUCCCCUGCGUCUUCGGCGGCUUAGUCCUGGGGGGAAGCGUAUUGGCAUUAGCGGGGGUUCGGGUAAUCUCCACCCACUGCGUCUUUCCCGUUCGGUCGCGUUCCCCUGACUGGUGUCCACGCGGCCGUUAAGUCCCCUCCGCUGCCUUGCUCCGCCGGGUGCUCCGCAUCUCCGUGAUUGCGCGGGUGCGCUCGAUGCUCCCUCCCGCAUCGCUGCGCCGAGCGGCACAUAUCUCCCCCUGACUACCUGCCCGCGGAGAGGGCGCUGGCGGGGCUCGAACUCCUCCGUGGGAUCGGGGUUGCCACAAUACUUAUGAAUACAAAUUGUGGCAGUGGCCAAAGCAGUGUGUAGUCAGAGUGGUUUCAGACAGAGCCUCAUGUAGUGUGACUCAUUGCAAGAUGAAACAUCACUGCUGGGAGUCACAGUCUACAGUAAGACACGUCAACAGCAAAAUGGACAUUAGCAUGCUGGUCUAUUUAAAAUAAAAAUAAAGAUUUGGUUGCUCUUCUAGCCAUAAGAGUAGCUUUGCGCACAGUAUCGGUACCCUUUAAGAACAAACAAAUCCUGUGAUAAACAUACAACUGUUGACUGAAUUAAAAGACAAUUCAUUCUUGUGGUGUUCACAAUUCUGAAAAUAUAUAAUUCUUAAAUAGUUUGUUGGAAAAAAAAUAUCAACAUUUGAUAAUGAAACAUUCAUACACGUUUUGAACAGUAACACACUAUAUCAAGAAAUGUAAAACAGAGCUCUUUGACAAUAAGCAGUAGAGAUCAGAAUGUAAUCCCAUCUACCCGUGCAGGCAACGAUUUGAUAAUUAAACUACUAAAAGUGAAAUAUAAGGGCUGUCCUUUCUGGACGGACUGGUGAUCCCUUAGAAUACCCCAACUUCAGUAGCUGUGUGACUGAGAUGUUGACUGGAUCAUCGUCAGUAGAUGGUGAUGCAUUUCACUGCAAAGGUUUGUUGUAGGCACUUUGUUCAUAUUAAUGUUUUGUGCAGCUAAAUCCUGCCAAAUGAUGCGCAAUAAAUACAUUAAAUACCAUGACAGUAUUGGUACAUUAAAAACACGUCUGUGUGCUUAUACAUUCACUCCCAUAUGAAUAAAGGUUGAGGCUCAGAAUAAAUCACCCACCGUUUUAACCUUGACGUUCACUAGAGUUGAACUACCAUCAAGACUACUUUUGCCUAUCUUACCAUUCUACAGUUGCGUUAAAAGCUUGAUGUCAUGUCCUGAGAACUGAAAAGUGUUCGAAAAGAGAUCACCGCACUGGCAACGCAGUGUAAAAUGUCGAGACCAAUAUGCACACUGAAGCUGGAUUGAAACGGUUGUAUGAUAAGAGUGAACGUUAAUCAACAGUGUGGUAGACCAAACAGUGUCAGCCCUGACUGCAUUCUGCUGGAGCACAUAUAUAUAAAAAAAAAAAAAAAACACAAAAUAAAUAUACUCUACUCCCAAUAAAAAAGGCCACCAUUUGCACUGGAACAUGCUGACCCACUGGUAAGACGACAACACCAUCUCUAAAUCACCCUAAGACGUUACUUUCUGACCACAGUUCAUUGUACGACACACCUGUUUCACAGUGUAUGUAUAGAAACACAGAGUAGAGCUGGACCAGACGGGGCCAGUAGGAGCCACUACACGGCCUUGUAGAGAGACGCUUAAAGUGCAAAUGAUCCUUAGUUACCAGGUACAUGAAGACCGACCAGUUCCACACCACAACAAAUACAGAA